UCAUUGUAAAAUUGAUAAUUCAGUUCUGAUUUGUGCAAAAGAAUGAUAACAAAAUGCUAAAUCAUUCACGGUGGUUAAUUCAUGAUCAUCCAUUAUUUAGCUUUCGAUUUCAUUUCAACUGUUUAACUGUUCAAGUCUAUUAAAGAAAUGCAUUGAAACUUGAUCAAACUUAGAAAUAUUCAAAUGUUUCUAUUGAAUCGCAAACGUUUAUUAAUAGACUCAUUGAGAUGCUUGGCAAAAUUUGGUUUAUAAAUCAACAGAUUUUUUUACCACAAUUAGCCAAAUUAUCUGAAUGAGACUGACUAGUUGUUAUGGAUAAAGUUAUUGUACAAUUUAAGACAUGUUAAAGAUCCACGAAGUUUACAGCUGCUAUGAUCCGCCUUUUAUCGAUUUUUGUACAACUGUUACUUUAUCGUUGAUUCAAACCUAAACAUGGAUAAAAAUGGAUUUAAACUUAAUUAUUUCUGGACAAAUGGAAUAAAUCGAAACUCAUUAAAGUUAGGAUCUCAACCGCAAGCCAAUAGAGAUGGACAUUUGUCCUUUUUUUAUGGUUCAAAUGAUGUCUUUCAAUCACGCUUUUUCACUGUGUUAGUGAUUACAUUGGUGUUUAUCAUUUCACUCAAUUUGUGUUUGAGUUUUUGGAUUAUCAAAUCUCUUCAGGUUGGAAACGGUGGACUUGGUGAUGGUAGUCUUUCAGCAACUCGUAAACGAAUCACUGUUAAAGGAUUAGCUAAAUUCAAUGGACGCCUGACCGCUGAGCAAAUUAAUCCAGUCAAGGAUCAGUCUAUAACAAUUGUUGGUUUAGAUGAAAGUAUUCAAUUAACUAAUGAGAAUGAUUACAAUGAUGAAUCUGUUUCCUUCUUGAUGACCAACUCUAACAUCAGUUAUCAAGGACCUAAUUUUGUCGUUAACAGCCUGAUAAAUGGAUCAAAGCAAAUACUUUUUUCUAUCAACUCUGACCAGUUGAUAACUAACUCACUAGAUGAGAUAAAAAGCACGGAUUAUGGAUUUAAUAUAGAUGAAAAGGUGGAUACACCAUCAAUCAAAAGUGAUUUCUAUCAUGAUCUGAGAUUAGAGGCUCGUACCAAAGGAUUGAAUAUACAUGCAUCUUCAGGUGAUUUGAACAUGAAAGCUCGAACUGGUCCAUUUGAUGUCAAUUCAUUUAAAGAGAUAAUAUUAUCCUCAGAGGACCAGCUGAAGAUUCAUUCAUCUAACAUAAAGUUGGCAUCAUUACCUAAAGAGAAGCAUCGACAUGGUCAUGAGGACUUAUCAAUUCACAAACAAACAAUUGCCUAUCAAGUUUGUAUAUGUGAAAAUGGACGAUUAUUCUUGGCGCCAGGAAACAAAGCAUGUUACUUAUCAUCAAUGACAUGUUCGCCACAAUUCCAGUCUCUUAUUAAUGAACAAGCAGAUUAAAGCAAUCAUUGUAAUCAUUUUUGAUGAUUUGAAUUAAAACAUAAAUUUAUAUCUUAAAA